AUGGAAACACAAGUUAGAAGUGUUGUCGUGAUAUUGUUCAUAUUUGCUCUUGUUUUCGUAGGGCUCGGAGUUGGUGUUGGGUUGCAAAUCAAUAGAGAUGAUCAUCAAUCAAAUGUAAGCUGCACAGAGGGUGAACUUAAAGCUCUUCUCAAGUUGAGGGAAUCUCUCAUUGAUCAUUCAAAUCGUUUGUCAUCGUGGGUUGGAGAAUACUGUUGUACGUGGACGGGAGUGGGUUGCAGCAAGAGGACACGCAGAGUCGUGAUGUUUGAUCUACCCGGUUAUGAUAGAGGCAGCUUGCAAGGUGAGAUAAGUCCUUCUAUUCUCAAUCUGAGGCAUUUGCAUUACAUCGACUUGAGCAAUAGUAACUUUUCAGGAACCCAAAUUCCAGAAUUCCUAGGCUCCCUUAAGAACCUGAGAUAUCUUGACCUCUCCAAUUCGGGUUUUGAGAGGGAAAUUCCCCCUCAUUUUGGAAACCUCUCCAACUUGCAACAUCUCAAUCUUGGCUUCAACUAUUUACAAGGUCCAAUUCCUGAUACUCUUGGAAGGCUGUCAUCUCUCAUUUUUCUUGAUCUUGGUAACAGUAGAUGCUCCCCAAUUAUGCCUAGUUGGUUGUGUAAAAAUGAGCAGCCUUGUUCAUUUGGGACUCUCUGUUCAUCACUUGGAAGAUUCUCAUCAUUAAGUUGGCUAUAUGCAUCUGAUAAUCAGUUGAAUGGGAGCAUUCCUUCGAGUCUUGGACAACUUUCAAGGCUAGAGGGGUUAGAUGUCUCUAACAAUCAGUUGAAUGGGAGCAUUCCUUCGAGUCUUGGACAACUUUCAAGGCUACUGUGGUUAGAUGUCUGUAACAAUUCUUUGGAUGGUGUCAUAUCUGAACUUCACUUUGCCAAACUCACAAGCAUCUCAGAUACCAUCCCUGACUGGUUUGAGGAUUUGUAUUCUCGUAACAAUGGCUUAGAUAUAUCUCACAACCAGAUUUGUGGAAAGCUGCCCAAGUUUCAAGAAUCUAAUGCUACCCUUGAGUGGUAUCUAUAUUUGAAUUCCAACAAGUUUGAGGGCCCCUUAACACCAUUUCUGUCAGAUGUCACGGAAUUUGAUUUGUCUGACAACUUACUUUCAGGACAUUUUCCUCUCGGUGAUGAUAAUAUUUAUAUGAAUUUCAGAGUUCUUUUUAUCUCAAAUAAUAGUUUGACCGGUGAUAUUCCAAAGUAUAUAUGCAAGAUGAUGGCUUUGCAAAUACUUGAUCUCUCAACAAAUAAAUUAUCAGGAGCACUCCCUUGGUGCAUGGGGGACUUGGAUCUACUGGGAGUCGUUGAUCUGACAAAUAACAAUCUUCAUGGUCAUAUUCCAAGUUCUUUGGGUUCUCUACAAAAUCUUUAUUCUUUACAUUUGAGCCACAACAUGAUUCACGGGAAGAUCCCUUCGUUUUUGCAGAAUUUGACAUCUCUGAGCAUUCUCGAUCUUGGUGAUAAUGAAUUAACUGAUAUUAUCUCUUCAUGGAUUGGAGAAAUGUCUAGCCUACGAUUUCUCAUUCUUCAAUCGAAUAAGUUCUAUGGUUAUAUUUCUCCACAGCUCUGCCAACUCUCUGCUCUUCAAGUGUUGGACCUGUCGCAUAACUGGAAGUAUUCCUCCCUGCUUCACCAACUUCACUGCCAUGGUUGCGAAUCUCAAUGCGGAACAUAUAAAGAAGUGGUCCAAUACCAACAUGAAAUCAACUCCAAACACUCAAUGGUCCAUCAUCCAUCUAUAUGGGCAACAAUCAACUUUGUGGACCACAAAUCUUCAAGAGCUGCCCUGGUGAUACUUCGUCUUAUGGUCAUCAUCAUGAUCAACAUGCUCCUGAGUCGGAAGAACGUCUGGCAUUCUAUGCUGGCAUUGGACCUGGUUUCUUGGUUGGCUUCUUGGGUAUUUGUGGCAUUUUGCAUUUCAAAAGGCCUUGGAGGUAUGCGUGGUUUCAAUUUGUGGAGAAUACUUAGCAAAAACCUACUGGCGGCAGUUGCAGUGAAGGCAGCUUGGGUGCAGAGAAAGUUCCACAAAGAUGAAAUGUGA